AUGCGUCAGUGUGGCAACUGGCAGGACUGCAAGUGCAAGAACCGCCGGGGCACGACCUUUCCGGUCCAGUGCGAUGGGGUGGUGGAGAUCUCGCGCGAACACUGUGUGAACAAUCCGCCGCCGCCGAGCUGCGGCGCGCACCAUGUGGAGGCGAGCAUUUGUGCGCGGUACCACUUCUGCCCGAAAAACCAGUGCCUGAUCCGCAACGUGUUCUGUCAGGCCGACGACCUCUGCCAGGGGGAAGGCAUCUGCAUUCCCAGCACCGGAGGCUGCGUAUUUCCGAACCUCCCGAAAGGUGUUUUUGGCUCGUUCUUUCAUCAGUACGAGGCACAAGUGACGAGAGCAUUCUUUGCUUUGCCGUUGCUCAUGUCCUCAGAAUGUCAUUCGUCGUUUUCCAUAUGAACAAUUUUGUUCCAAAGAUUUCUUGUUCAAAAUCAAAUCCAAAUGUGAGAUCACACCAUCAAGGUACGCCCUGUGACGAUAGCCUUUUCUACACGCCUCGCGAGAGCGAUAAGUGUGACGGGCUCGGGAAGUGCGUCGGCGUGCCGGACCUCUGCGAGCUGCACAAUGUGAAAUGCCUGGACGCGGAUCCGGCCUGUGCGGUGCUGCCUGGUACCUGCAGCCCGGACAGCGGGAAAUGCGUGUACCAGUUUCGGCAAGACAGCACGAUUUGCGACGACAACCGGUUCUACACGGUCGGUGACCAGUGCAGAAGCGGGCUGUGCGAGGGGGUGAUCGUGGACCUGUGCGCCAAUGUGGAGUAUUGAGAGGAAAAAUCCCCCCUCCCCAUAUUGAAAAGGUAUGUUUCCAAAAAUUUGUGUUGCGGAUUUGAGGUCACAAAUCACAUCUGUCUUGCAAGAAGACAAGGGCAGAAGCUUCCGCCCCAUUAUGGAAGCGGUUUGCCAUGCUGUUGGGCCUAAAGGGGGGCCGUUUGCCAUGCUGAACUACUAGACCCAUACGCCCCUACCUAGCCUGGGGAUCUGGCCGCAGUGCCUCUCUGCAAUACAAAGCUGAUUUGUGGCCACAAAUCAGCAUCACGAAUUUCCGUUUUGAUAUGGGGACGGGGGAUUUUUCAUUUUGAUAUGGAGUGCGGAAAACCCGCCAACGACCCCUGCCGGGGGGACGGGCGGUGCCAGCCCGCGACGGGGCGGUGCGCCUUCCCGGAGCUGCCG